CCACUUGCAAAGCAGUUGCCAAACGCUGCAGAGAUGAGCGCACCACCUUCCAUGGUCAAUAAUGAACAGCGCCAACACGCUGAGCACAUAUUCUUAUCAUUUAGAAAAUCAAAAUCACCAUUUGCUGUUUGCAAACACAUAUUGGAAACUAGUAAAGUGGACUAUGUCCUUUUUCAAGCUGCUACAGCGAUAAUGGAAGCAGUUGUAAGAGAGUGGAUUCUCUUAGAAAAAACUAGCAUCGAGUCACUGCGAACAUUCCUUCUAACCUAUGUCUUACAAAGGCCUAACCUACAGAAGUACGUUCGGGAGCAGAUUUUACUAGCAGUAGCGGUGAUAGUGAAACGGGGAUCAUUAGACAAAUCAAUCGACUGCAAAAGCAUUUUUCAUGAAGUCAGCCAGCUGAUCAGCAGUGGUAACCCCACUGUGCAAACUUUGGCCUGUUCCAUUCUAACGGCGUUGUUGAGCGAGUUCUCAAGUUCAAGUAAAACCAGCAACAUUGGACUAAGCAUGGAGUUCCAUGGUAACUGUAAACGUAUAUUUCAGGAGGACGAUCUGCGACAGAUCUUCAUGCUCACAGUAGAGGUACUUCAGGAAUUCAGCAGACGUGAAAACCUCAAUGCUCAGAUGUCUUCAGUGUUUCAGCGUUAUCUUGCACUAGCCAAUCAGGUCUUAAGCUGGAACUUCCUUCCUCCAAAUUUGGGCAGACAUUAUAUAGCUAUGUUUGAAUCCUCACAAAAUGUGAUGCUAAAGCCAACAGAAUCCUGGCGUGAGACCCUCCUGGACAGCAGAGUUAUGGAGCUUUUCUUUACAGUACAUCGAAAAAUCAGAGAAGAUACAGAUAUGGCCCAAGACUCAUUACAGUGUCUGGCACAGCUGGCAUCUCUGCACGGGCCAGUCUUUCCUGAUGAAGGUUCACAAGUUGAUUACCUGGCACACUUCAUUGAGGGAUUACUGAAUACUAUCAAUGGAAUUGAAAUAGAAGACUCCGAAGCAGUGGGGAUUUCCAGUAUUAUCAGCAACCUGAUAACUGUGUUUCCUCGCAAUAUUUUAACGGCCAUUCCAAAUGAACUUUUCUCUUCAUUUGUUAACUGCCUUGCACACCUCACCUGUUCUUUUGGAAGAAGUGCUGCCUUGGAAGAAGUGCUUGACAAAGAUGACAUGGUGUAUAUGGAGGCAUAUGAUAAGUUGCUGGAAUCUUGGCUUACUUUGGUACAAGAUGACAAACAUUUCCAUAAAGGUUUCUUCACCCAACAUGCUGUUCAAGUCUUUAAUUCCUACAUUCAGUGCCAUCUAGCUGCUCCUGAUGGCACAAGGAAUUUGACUGCCAAUGGUGUGGCCUCUCGGGAAGAAGAAGAAAUAAGUGAGCUGCAGGAAGAUGACAGAGACCAGUUCUGUGACCAGUUGGCCAGUGUAGGCAUGCUGGGGAGAAUUGCUGCAGAACACUGUAUACCUCUUCUUACAAGUUUGUUAGAAGACCGAGUGACAAGGCUCCAUGGUCAGUUGCAAAGACAUCAGCAGCAGUUACUUGCCUCACCAGCAUCAGGCUCAAUUGACAAUAAAGUGCUUGAUGACUUGUAUGAGGAUAUUCAUUGGCUUAUUUUAGUCACAGGCUACCUCUUGGCUAAUGAUACUCAGGGAGAGACUCCGCUAAUACCUCCAGAAGUAAUGGAAUAUUCCAUUAAACAUUCAGCUGAGGUUGACAUCAAUACGACACUUCAGAUUCUGGGAUCUCCAGGAGAAAAGGCCUCUUCCAUCCCAGGGUACAACAGAACUGAUUCUGUAAUUAGGUUGUUAUCUGCUAUUUUAAGAGUGUCAGAAGUAGAAUCUAGAGCAAUAAGGGCAAAUCUCACACACCUCCUGAGCCCCCAGAUGGGCAAAGAUAUUGUAUGGUUCCUCAAGCGCUGGGCAAAGACUUACCUCCUAGUAGAUGAAAAGUUGUAUGAUCAGAUAAGUCUGCCAUUUAGUACAGCAUUUGGUGCUGAUACAGAGGGUUCCCAGUGGAUUGUGGGUUACCUUUUAGAAAAAGUGAUCAGUAACCUGGCAGUGUGGAGUUCAGAGCAGGACCUUGCAAAUGAUACUGUACAACUGCUAGUAACAUUAGUGGAAAGGAGAGAGCGGGCAAACUUAGUAAUUCAGUGUGAAAACUGGUGGAAUUUAGCUAAACAGUUUGCAAGGCGAAGCCCUCCUCUUCACUAUUUGUCCAGUUCUGUGCAGAGAACACUAAUGAAAGCUUUAGUUUUAGGAGGUUUUGCUCAUAUGGAUACAGAAACAAAGCAACAAUACUGGACAGAGGUUCUUCAGCCACUUCAGCAGCGAUUCUUGAAUGUCAUAAACCAAGAAAACUUUCAGCAGAUCUGUCAGGAGGAGGAGGUGAAACAGGAAAUCACUGCUACACUAGAAGCACUCUGUGGCAUUGCUGAGGCUACCCAGAUUGAUAACGUAGCAAUUCUCUUUAAUUUUCUAAUGGACUUCCUUAAUAAUUGCAUCGGAUUAAUGGAAGUAUACAAAAACACACCAGAGACUGUUAAUCUCAUAAUAGAAGUCUUUGUUGAAGUUGCACAUAAACAAAUUUGCUAUCUUGGAGAGGCCAAAGCCAUGAACUUGUAUGAGGCCUGCCUAACUCUGCUCCAGGUGUAUUCCAAGAAUAAUCUAGGUCGGCAACGGAUAGAUGUUACAGCAGAAGAAGACCAGUACCAGGAUCUCCUUCUUAUUAUGGAGCUUCUCACUAAUCUUCUAUCAAAAGAAUUCAUAGAUUUCAGUGAUACAGAUGAAGUAUUUAGAGGACAUGAGCCUGGGCAAGCUACUAAUAGAUCUGUAUCAGCAGCAGAUGUUGUCCUAUAUGGGGUUAAUCUAGUUCUGCCUCUAAUGUCCCAGGAUCUGCUGAAGUUUCCAUCCCUGUGUAAUCAGUAUUACAAAUUAAUCACUUUCAUCUGUGAGAUAUUCCCUGAGAAAAUUCCACAACUUCCAGAGGACCUCUUUAAGAGCCUAAUGUACUCACUGGAGUUAGGGAUGUCAUCAAUGAGCUCAGAGGUUUGCCAGCUCUGUCUGGAGGCUGUAACACCGUUAGCAGAACAGUGUGCAAAAGCACAAGAAACAGAUUCAACCCUUUUUCUAGCAACAAGGCACUUUCUUAAGAUGGUUUUUGAUAUGCUGGUACUUCAGAAGCACAAUACAGAAAUGACAACUGCAGCAGGUGAAGCAUUCUACACAUUAGUGUGUUUGCAUCAGGCUGAAUACUCAGAGCUAGUUGAAACAUUGCUAUCAACUCAACAAGAUCCAGUAAUUUACCAGCGGUUAGCAGAUGCCUUCAACAAGCUUACUGCAAGCAGCACUCCUCCUACACUGGACCGUAAGCAGAAGAUGGCCUUCUUAAAGAGUUUAGAAGAAUUUAUGGCAAAUGUUGGUGGACUUCUCUGUGUAAAAUAAACAACAAAACUCUAUGCCUAAUUUAGACCCUUUCUGCAAAAUGCACUGAGAAAUGCUGAAUGCUGACUAAAUCUUGUACCUGUCUCUGGGUUCUUUGCAGCCAUCUCAGAUUCUAGAGAGCCUGGAAGUUUGAACAUAACACAAUGGAAUAGGAGAGGUCAACUUUGAAUCAGCUUCUGCUAUUAUGUGUUAGCUGCAAUCUGUCAUACUUGUGUGUGGGAGAGAAUGAAGAGAAAGUUUGAAUUUAAUUUUUUCCAUAUAUGUGCAAACAGAUAUGGGCACAAUGAAAAAUAAAUGCAGUGCCUUUCCCCCUGCACUGAUUUCAAAUGCGAGUGGUCAUAUAAACAUACAGAUUUCUUUUCUACCCAAAAUCAUGUUAGAGUGUGAUGCAGAUACAUAUAAAGCUCUAAACAGUUUAGCUGAUUUUAAGCUUUAUUUUUCCUCUCUUAAAGUUUGAGUUUGUGUUCCAAUGGGGA